GAAGGAGCCCCACAAAUCUGGAAUACAAGCUGCCAUGUCGACGCCCCUGCGGACUGCUACCUAUGUCAAGGUGAAGGACUUGGUCCCUGGCACACACGGCCACAACCUCGUUGCACGCGUGCUCUCGGCGGAGAUCAUCUCCGAGAAGGUCCAGGCCGAUGGCACGACGUCGCGGAUAGCAGAAGUUCUCAUCGGUGACGAAACCGGCACAAUCAUAGUGUCGGCGUGGAAUGAGCAAAUCGACCUCUUCAUUGUCGGGCGCAACGUGGUCGUGCGCAAUGCGGACGUUGGCGUCCACCGCGGCUUUGCACGGCUCCGUGUCUCCAAGUGGGGCAAGCUGGCUUCGCAUCCCGACGGCAUUAAGUCGACGCCCAAGGUGCCGGGCAAAGUGCUCACGGAAAACAACAUGUCGGCGAUUGAGUACGAGCUCGUGGCUGUCGAGGACGCAGAAUGAGCAAACAGCGGCGACUUGCCGCAAUCAACUCGAGUUUAAGCGAUCGUUGUGUGCGUCGUGGUCCAUUUGUCCAAGACAAGACGAUUGAAUUUGAAGUGCUCUUGCCGCCGACUAAGCUAUUAUAGUGGAAAUCAUCUUUUGAAGCGUCUGACUUGACCUCCA